AUGGUCAUGGUGGUCGGAGGUAGCUUCAAAUUCCUCAUCUGGGUUUCUUUAGUUUCUUGCCUGGCUUCCGUUUCAUUAGGUGGGUAUGUUCCGCCCACCAACUAUUUGAUAAAUUGCGGAUCCCCUACCAGCACCUCCAUAGGGGAUCGAACAUUUGCAGCUGAUGAUUAUACGUCCAGUGUUUUAUCUACCCAACAGAAUGUAUCUGUUGCAGCUGGUUCGAGUUCUGGCUCCAUCUCUGCCCCUUAUGGCUCUGCUCUGUACAGAACUGCGAGGGUUUUCACUGAACCUUCUCGCUAUACUUUCCCAAUCAGGCAGUCCGGCCGGGUUUGGAUUCGUCUCCAUUUCUUCCCCUUCGCCAGCGGCAGUUACAAUCUCAGCACGGCUCACUUCUCUGUGGCUGCUCAGAAUUUCACCCUUUUGAAGGAGUAUAGAUCGAAGGCUGAUCCUGAGGUGAGGGAGUUCUCUAUCAAUGUGAAUUCUGGUAAUCUGGUUCUCAAUUUCGCCCCUUCAGCUGGUUCUUUCGCUUUUGUGAACGCCUUGGAGGUGUUCUCAAUCCCUGGUGGGCUUAUUCCAGAGAGUGCCCAGAUGAUUGCCUCAGGCAGUUCUCAUUCUUUGGGGAAUCGGGCACUGGAGACUGUUCAGAGGGUGAACAUGGGGAAAACGACUGUGCUUCCUGAGAAUGAUACACUGUGGAGGCUAUGGGAUUCUGAUGACAAGUUUCUCAGACACGAUUAUCUUGCAGUCAAUGUGACGGAUUUCUCAUCCGUCAGUUUCAAAAAUAAAGGGCCAACCAACUUCACUGCUCCUGUUUCAGUAUAUGGCACAGCAACUAGAUUGAACUCGGAUGGUGAUCCCAACACUUUAGCAAAUGUUACAUGGCAUCUUGGUGUUGACCCUGGUUUUGAUUAUCUUAUUCGGUUUCAUUUCUGUGAUAUAUUGCCGAAUCCUCACCCGAACUUCUAUUUCAAUGUUUAUGUUGAAUCAUGGCUGGUUUACAAGUAUCUUGAUCUCAAGAAUCUUACUGGGUAUGUCUCUGGUGCUCCUUAUUCCAUGGAUUACAUUGCAGGGUCAGUUGCUAGUGACACUCUUACCAUAAGCAUGGGGCCUCCUAACAGUGAUAACAAUCCAAUUGCCAUCCUCAAUGGCUUGGAGAUUGUGAAGAUAAGCAACUCGAAGAACAGUCUCGAUGUGCUCGACGUAUCUUUUCCCAAGAGUUCCAAGUCGAAUCUUGUUCGGAUCAUCUUGUUGAGUGUUGGAUUGAUCAUCAUUGUGAUAUCUGCUUUUGUUGUGUUUUUCAUUUGUUGGAGGAGAAGGAGACUUGCUGAAGCUAAAAAAGGUCCGUUUGCUGCAUAUGGAGGGGGUAUGAUUUACUCAACGGAUUACUCCAACGGGACAGCAUUUUCGAUUUCGAAAUUGGAUUACAGAUUCCCUUUCUAUGCCAUCCAAGAAGCUACUGAUAGCUUCAGUGAGAAUUUGGUGCUUGGAGCUGGAGGCUUCGGUAAGGUUUACAAGGGAGUUCUGAGAGACGAGAUGAUGGUGGCUGUGAAAAGAGCUACUUCUCAAUCACAAGGGAUUGCAGAAUUCAGGACUGAGAUCGAACUGCUGUCCCAGUUUCGCCACAGGCAUUUGGUCUCUUUAAUUGGAUACUGUGAUGAAAUGGAUGAGAUGAUUAUAGUGUAUGAGUAUAUGCAAAAUGGCAACUUAAAAGACCAUCUCUAUGAUUCAGAUAAUCCCAGCUUGAGUUGGAGGCAAAGGCUUGAGGUAUGUAUUGGAGCAGCAAAGGGGCUUCACUAUCUUCAUACCGGGACUGCAAAGUCCAUCAUCCACAGAGAUGUCAAGUCAGCAAAUAUACUGUUGGAUGACAACUUCAUGGCCAAAGUUGCAGACUUUGGGCUUUCCAAAGCUGGACCUGAGAUCGACAAGACACAUGUAAGCACAGCAGUGAAGGGAAGCUUCGGUUAUCUCGAUCCGGAAUACUUCCUGAGGCUACAGCUGACAGAGAAAUCAGAUGUCUAUUCCUUUGGAGUGGUGCUGUUCGAGGUUCUAUGUGGCAGACCAGUAAUCGAUCCGUCACUGCCGAGGGAAAAUGUGAACUUGGUCGAUUAUGCAGUGAAGAAUCUGAAGAAAGGGAAGUUGGAGGAAAUCAUUGAUCCCAAGAUACGGGACGAGAUCAAGCCGGAAUCGAUGAAGAAGUUUGCAGAGAUAGCAGAGAAAUGCCUGGCUGAUUGUGGGUUGUAUAGACCUUCCAUGGGAGAUGUGUUGUGGAACCUGGAAUGUGCACUCCAGUUGCAGGUGAAUGAAGAGUUUGCUCUCCAGUUGAAUGAUGAGUUGCCCAGAAGCCGCCAUGGUGAUGGGAAUUCACAAAUCAGCCCUGCUAAGAGCUUUGGUACGACCGCGAUGGGAAGCACACAACUUGGCGACCUUGCUGAUGUUUCGAUGAGCCAAGUGUUUGCUAAGUUGGUGAGUGACAGCGAGGAAUUCCAAUUGCAAAAGUAA